CUCUAUAUCUCUUCCACCGUUUAUAAUUUUCUUUACUUGUCGCUAAUGGGACAUUUGUAAGUUAAACAGAUGAUGAAUUGUUUAGAAAAUUAGGGUUUGGUUCAAUUCUGUGGUUGGGAUCAUGUGAUAAACUGAUUAUUAGUUCAGAUACUAAGGAUCUUGAUAUGGGUUCGAUAUCUAUUACUUUCCCAGUAUUCGUGAUAAAAUCUCAUUCUGUUAUUUACAACUAUUUGCCUUUCUGAGUAAGUAUUCCAGGAAAGAAUCUAUAAUUGUGCAGUUCUAUACUAACAAAUUGAGCUUUAGUUCCAAACCGAUUAAACAAAAUUUCAGGAUUACAUCCAUCAGAGCAUCAAUGCUGUAACUGUGGGCAGUGGAUAUUGGGCGUUUCUGAGCUCAAACUGUGUGGUGAGGAGUUCGUGACAAAAUUACUUGACAGAAGAUGGACAUUACUCAACCCAAAUACCACAAUUCAUCAAAUAAAGCUUUCUACUAUGCUACAUGGGAAUGGACCACUUGGGAUGAUUUGUUGCAUCCAUUGGUAAACGGUAAUAAAGCAAGAAAACUGGAUGGACUACUUCCUCUUGUUGAAGAUCAUUCAGUGACUGAUGUGGUUACAUGUGGAGGUUGUCAAAGUGCACAUGCAGCAGCAGUUGCUGUUUCAUGUGCUGAGAGAGGACUAAAAUCACAUUUGCUGCUACGAGGGGAACAACCCGAAAUUCUGACAGGCUACAAUCUGAUUUCCACAUUAUAUGGAAAUGUCAAAUAUGUUCCAAGAUCUCUUUAUGCCAAGAGGGAAGAAAUGCUCACCAGGCAUGCUGAUUUGGUGGCAGGCAACAGUGGUUCUGUUGUGUGGUUCAAUGAUCUUCUUGAGACCUCUUUUACAACUCAAACAUCUGGAAAACCAAAUCUUGUGCAAAUUGAUGCUCAUAUGAAUGCUGAUAGUCAUCCAAGAAAGGUUGCUAUUAUCAAUGAAGGUGCAGCAGAUGCUGUAAGUUUACUUGGUAUGAUUCGCCUUGUGCAGUACUUGUCCCAGAACCAUUUAUUUGGAAAAGAGAGGACCUUAAAAAUUGUUGUAGAUGCUGGUACUGGGACAACAGCUGUUGGUUUAGGACUUGGAGCCUUAUGUUUAGGGCUUUCAUGGGAGGUAACUGGAGUCAUGUUGGCUGAUACCGUUGAUGGUUACAGAAAAAAGGAGAAAUGCUUAAUUUCCGAUUUCAAGCACUGUACUGCUUUUCAUCAUAUUGAUCAUGUCCUCAAGGGGAUGGAUGGUGGGAUUGUUCAUUGGGUAGAACGUGGCCAUCCAAGGAAAUUCGGCAAUGUGUUGAAAGGGGAAGUAGAAGCAUGCCAACAAAUUGCACAACAAACCGGUAUUCUAGUGGAUCCCAUAUAUACUUUAGCUGCUUGGGAACUGGCGACACUACUUAGUCAAGAGGAAGCUAAAGGGGGUGCAAAAGUGGUGAUGCUUCACACAGGGGGUACGCUAGGCAUGUUUGGAUUAGCACAGAGGUACAAGUCUUACUUCCAUGCAGUCAAAGAUGGACUGCUUGUUUAACUAGUAAUGGAGAAUUUUGUGUUUGCUCCAUCUUAACUUUGAACUCAUAUGUGACAUAGAAAUGAAGAGAAACCCAAUGCCUGUUGCUCAGAGCUUGAGCAUAGUGGUAUGUAGCCUUUUGUUCUCCUUUUAUAUUUUCCCAGCUCCAUCAACAAUACUUGUCCAACAGUCCAAGUACCUUCAUACAUCAAUCUGAGGAACUGCCUAGACUUUUCAGGAUCAACAACCAUGUACCAUCAUGCAUCCUGCAAAUUCAUGAGCUCUACUACUAUAAAAGAACAUAUAGAGAGUUCAGUUAAGUGGCCAGGACCCAAAUGUUAAUCGAGUGACUAGAGUCUGAGGUGAGGGGAACUGGACCUGGCUUUGCUCUGUACUGAGUACACUUGAUGAGCUUUAAGAUGCUGUAAAAAGACAUUGUGAUCUACCACAAGCCUCUGUUUUUGUUGCAGCUGUCCAACAGUACUUUUAGUCUUUUACUUAUUUAUUUAUUUUGUUAUCAAAUAAGAUGAUUUGGUCUCACAUUUUUUACCUUGGAUGAUUCUUACUUUAUUGUCAUCAAUGUCAUGGCUCCAGAAGCCUGGACCCAGUACUUGGAAACAUACGGAUAAGUCCAAUUUGAGCAGGUAAUAUGUUGAGGUGUUGGUCA